AAAAAAAUAGAAUAAAAGGAUUGCACCAUAGGGCAAUUCGCUUGGAAGUUUCUUUCUCGGCGGGACAAUCCGAAAAUCCCUCAAAUACUCCUGGGAGAGAGAGAGAGAGAGAGAGAGAGAGAGAGAGAGAGAGAGAUUUGGGGAACUCAGAAAUGGGGGAAUCCAAUGAAGAACUGGAACCGCUUUUUGAUUACAGACGUGUUCAGCCCUUCAAUACUCCCUUCAAUCUUGUCUGCCUUGACGAUGACAGUCCAGACUCGUCUCCAGUAAUCUCAAAGAAACGGAAAGUGAACGAUUCUGCUGUCGAAAAGAAAGAAGACAAGAUGGAAGUUGUUCAAAUAAUUGAUGGUGAAGAGGAGGAUUGGCUGCCACCUUCCCCAAACAUUUCUGCUCAUACUAGUAACCUUGUUGAAGAUUCAACUAUAAAGGAAAUUAGGUUGAAAAAGAAAGAGCUGGAAUCCAUUGCCCACUCAGCUAAGGAUGAGUUCCGAGAUGUUGAAGAAUCUAUAAAAAGAGAUCUUUGUGCUUCCCUCCGUUCUAUUCAAGAUAGUGUUGCUGAGCCGCUAUCAAAACCCCCAACUAAAAGAGCUAAAAUAGUCAUUUCUAUCCAGGACAAGGAUGGAGCAAAACAAUUUCGAGUUUACAUGGAUGAUAAAUUUGAGAGGCUGUUCAAAUCGUAUGCUGAUAAAGUCAAGCUUGAUCUGAAAAAUAUGGUUUUCUGCUUUGAUGGGGAUAAAAUUAAUCCUACUGCAACUCCCAGUAGCCUCGGGAUGGAGGAUGAUGACAUCAUUGAAGUGCAUGUAAAACCAAGUUGUUGAGGUUUCACUUUAUCCUGCAGCUGAAGGUGACUUAAUUGGUGAAGUUAACAUUGCAGACCUUUUGCAUCCUGUUUUUCUAUGGUUUUGGUCCAUUUGGUCAGACUAAUGUCCUGCAACUGUACAGAAGAGGCUCUUCUUAUUUUGGGUGGGUGGGAAGGAAUUUUACAUAAUAGCUGUGUCAAAAGCAUUUUUUUGUUCACGUUGGGAGAUAAAUUUUGGAGUUUGGUGUUCAUCUGGUGCUUUUCCUCUAAUUGCUUUUUGUUUUUGUUUGAGGGGAGAAACAAGGUCUCCCCUCUUCAAUGCAUUAUCCUGUAUCUGAAUGCUGAAAAAGCUUUGAUCAUGUGCAAAGAGGAUGAUCUUUCAUCAUGUAGACAACAAAAGUAUAAUCAUGGUUUAACGUCUGAA